GCUUGUGUGCUGCUCCCGGCGGGGCUCCGCUCCCCGUCCCGGUCCCGGGGCGCUGGCCCGCUGCCCCCGAGGCCGAGGGCCGGGGCAGGGAUGGGGCUCCGCGUGUGCGGGCGGACGGGCCGCUGCUCCCGGCCCGGAUGGAACGAAGGGAAAGGGGAGAGCGGCCCCAGUCCUCCAUGCUCCCAGAAUCCCUCGGCGCGGCCGCUCUCUCUGCCCUGCUCUGUGGUUGGGGCACAUGCUCCGUGCGUGGGGCCGGCGCGGUCUCUUCCCGGCCUCGUCAGCAGAGCGGGGCCUCCCGCCGCCCCCGGCACCCCCGGCAUGGCCCCCCCGACAGGUAACGUUGUGGAUAGCCAGUCCCCCAGGCUGUUGGCAAAUCAGCUGAGAUGGGACCUGACAGCCGAACAGAUAGAAAACAUGGCUGCAGAGCUCACGGAGAGAACCAAGCUCGUCUACGACCGGGUGGGCUCCCAGGAGCAGGGCGAGGUGUCCUAUGAAAACACUCUCAAGGCACUGGCAGAUGUGGAAGUGGAAUAUACAGUCCAUCGGAACAUGCUGGACUUCCCCCAGCACGUCUCUCCUUGCAAAGACAUCCGUGCAGCGAGCACCGAGGCUGACAAGAAGCUCUCGGAGUUCGACGUGGAGAUGAGCAUGAGGCAGGACGUGUACCAGAGGAUCGUCUGGCUCCAGGAGAAAGCAGAGAGCGCUUCACUGAAGCCUGAAGCAAAGAGAUAUCUAGAGAGGCUGAUCAAAUUGGGUAAAAGAAACGGUCUUCAUCUCCCUGAGGAAACGCAGGAGAAAAUCAAAGCUAUUAAGAAAAAGCUGAGUGUCCUUUGCAUAGACUUCAACAAGAAUCUCAACGAAGACACCACCUACUUGCCCUUCUCGAAGGAGGAACUAGGGGGGCUCCCUGAGGAUUUCCUGAACUCCCUGGAGAAGACAGAGGAUGGCAAGCUGAAAGUCACCUUGAAAUACCCGCACUAUUUCCCUCUCCUGAAGAAGUGCUAUGUGCCUGAGACGAGGAGGAAGGUGGAGGAAAUGUUCAACUCCAGGUGCAAAGAGGAGAAUUGCUUGAUCCUCAAGGAGCUGGUGGACUUGCGGGCUCAGAAAGCCAGUCUGCUGGGCUUCAACACGCACGCGGACUUCGUGCUGGAGAUGAACAUGGCUAAAAGCAGCACGACAGUGGCUACGUUCCUGGAUGAGCUGGCCCAGAAGCUGAAACCUCUUGGGGAGAAGGAACGGGCUGUGAUCCUGGACCUGAAAAAGAAGGAGUGCGAGAAGCGUGGCCUGGAGUUUGAUAACCGUAUCAAUGCCUGGGACAUGCGCUAUUACAUGAACCAGGUGGAGGAGACCAAGUACAGCGUGGACCAGAAUCUGCUGAAGGAGUACUUCCCCAUGCAGGUGGUCACCACAGGCCUGCUGGCCAUUUACCAGGAGCUGCUGGGACUCACCUUCCAUCUGGAAGAGAAGGCUCAGGUCUGGCACGAGGAUGUCCAGCUCUACACGGUGAAGGACACCUCCUCCGGGGAGACCAUCGGGAAAUUCUACCUGGACCUGUACCCACGGGAAGGGAAAUACGGGCACGCAGCCUGCUUCGGCCUGCAGCCAGGCUGCCUCUUGCCAGACUCCAGCCGGCAGAUCUCGGUGGCUGCCAUGGUGGCCAAUUUCACCAAGCCCACACCGGAUGCACCUUCCUUGCUGCAGCACGAUGAGGUGGAAACCUACUUCCACGAAUUUGGGCAUGUUAUGCACCAGUUGUGCUCUCAGGCGGAGUUCGCCAUGUUCAGUGGGACGCAUGUGGAGAGGGACUUUGUCGAGGCACCGUCGCAGAUGCUGGAGAACUGGGUGUGGGAGAAGGAGCCGCUGCUGCGCAUGUCCAGGCACUACAAAACUGGAAGCCCCAUCCCUGAUGAGCUGUUGGAGAAGCUCAUUAAAUCCCGACAGGCAAACACAGGGCUCUUCAACCUGCGUCAGAUCGUCCUGGCCAAGGUGGACCAGGCGCUGCACACCCAGAUGAAGGCCGACCCCGUGGAGGUGUUUGCCCGGCUGUGUGAAGAGGUGCUGGGCGUCCCUGCCACCCCAGGUACAAACAUGCCCGCUACGUUUGGCCACUUGGCUGGAGGCUACGAUGCCCAGUACUACGGCUACCUCUGGAGCGAAGUGUACUCCAUGGAUAUGUUCCACACGCGCUUCAAGCAGGAGGGGAUCAUGAACUGUAAGGUGGGCAUGGAUUACAGGAAUUGCAUCCUGCAUCCCGGAGGUUCUCUGGAUGCCUGCGACAUGUUGAGGAAGUUCUUGGGCCGCGAGCCCAAGCAGGACGCCUUCCUGGCCAGCAAAGGACUGAAGGUAGAGAGCAACUCGCUGCCUUUGGCCUGCUGAGAAACUGCUCCAGCCCGUUUGAGUCAAGCCAGCUCCUUUGUCUACGCACCAGUCCUCUCAGGCCGAGCAAUACCCGAUACUUCUGUCACCAAACGCAUCCUGGGCCAGCCCCUGCCUGGAGCUGUUCCUCCAGGAUCCUGCUCCGAGCUCACCCUGGGCUUCAGGAGCCGGGUUCAGCCCUGGUCCAGGGCUCUGCGGUGACAGCUCUGCAAAAGGGAGUUGCAUUGCCUUUGUCACCCCCCGCGAAGGGGAUGGGGCGGUCGGUAGCCCACACAAAUUGGCUGAACUUUGAACCUGAUUUCUGCACGAGGGUGAGUUUCGGCCUCAUUUAUAGCUGGGGAGGGGGGCGAGAGGAGUUACCAAACUUGAAUCAUCGUUUUAAAAUCCCUUCUUUUUAAGAAAUGAGACUUCCCACCGGGCUUGGCUUGUUUUGUGCCCCGGGGCAGGCUUAACUGUUCAGAGCAUGAAACAAGCGGCCUGAGAAGCUGCGCUGGGAGUCGUGCUCUCCCUCUCUUUGGCUCUCCCUCUCUUUGGGCAGCUGGCGGCUGUGGAAUAAAGAUGGGGAGAUCCCAGAGCUUAAAAACUAUUGGAUUUACUGGAACGUCCUGCCCUGAGCCCCUCAGACGUUCCUGCCGGGGCAGCAGCCCUGGAAGGGAGGCAGAGAUGGCCGGUACAGAUGUUCCCGGAACAGGGGGUCUGGGGAGCGUGGCCUGGCCCCCCCACGCUGCCAGGCGUCCUCGGGAGGUCGUACCGUCCCCCAGGCUGUGUCGGAGCUGCCGGGACCCCGCGCCGGGGGCCGUGUUAGGGCAGCUGAUGCCUUUUGGGCUGAGGUCGUGACAGCGGAGGGGUGUGUUGCUAUUGCUGUCACCUCUAAGCCAGGGUGGGACAGGGGAGGGCUGUGGAAAAAAAAAAAAAAAAAAAAAAAAAAAAAGGCGUAUAGCUUCAAACAACACGGAUGCCAGGGAUAAAAAUAUCAAGUGGGCUUUGUGCCAGGCCUUGAGCGGCCGGGCUCUGGGUGCGGCGCCGAGCUAGGGGACAUCAGCCAGGCCUGUGCCCAGCCUUGGGAGCAGCCGGGCUGUGCCACCUGCCCCCCCCCAGCUGUCACCCUGUCCCCAAGAACCCUAAAACUGGUGCCCGCGUGGCAUGGUGUGCUUCCCUCUGCUCUCUGCAGGGCUGUUCCUCCUUGGCGCGGCUGUGCCCAGGAGGGCAGCUCUGCCCAGGGGUUCAGGGCUGUGGGUCGGAGCUGCCAGGAGAGAGCGCUGACCCCAGGGGCAAAGGCUGAUUUCUGGUUUGGCUCACGUAGGAAUCGCGCGUGGCCUGGGCAAGGUUUUAAAGCAGCCGGUGUGCAGGGCAGGCGCAAGGUUGGCUGCUUCCCUGGUAGCGGAGGGGAGCCGAGGGCCUCGGAGGGGAGCUGUGAGCUCCCGCUGGCGUGAGGGAUUUGUGGCAACGGGGCAACUGAGGGCAGAUCUCCUUUUCUUGUGUCCCAGCUCCAGCCUUGGGUCACCGUGUGACACCAUUUGAGGGCUGUGGGAUUGGUCCCCGCAGCUCUUUGGCGGUCUGGGCACACGGAGGGUGCCGGUGAGAGGCCGAGGGCCUGCGCUCGCAUCCACCGUCCCGGCCAGGGCCACAUGUGGGAGCUGCCGUCCCUCCCCAGGGGCUCCCCCCCAGCUCCCUCCCCGCCUGGGCUCUUCCCUUUGCUUCUCCUCUCGUCUGGGCCGCGUCACCCCAGCGGCUCUGGCUUCCUUCCCCGCCACGGCUGAUGCGAGCGUUGGAAGAAAGCUCGCCCCAAGUGCAGACAAAGUCAUUGCUGUCACCUCCCUCCCCCAGACCCCCCUGGUGACACGGGAAGGCUGGUGACACCCUCCCUCACCAGUCCCCUCUUGCGCUGACAAUGUGGACGGGUCCGUAAGCAGCGAAGUGGCUCCUUGGUGCUUUCUGGGGCCACAUUGAGCAUCUUGUCUUUGUCCCCACCCUCUGUUUUAGGCAUAGGCGAGUGUCCGGGUGCCGGGCGCUCCCGAGUUGACGCUGUGGGUGUUUUAAGUGUCAUGUUUUACUGAGCUUUCAGCGUUUUCUUUCAGACCUCUCCCCUCGAGGGAGAGAACUGAAGCUGAACAGGGAAAUCGCGCACUUUCCUCCCUCCUUCCCAGGCCACAAAUAACCCCGUCCCUCUCUCCAGUAACCCCUGCUGCUGGCGGUGCGGUGAGAGGUGCUACCCAAGGCAGGCGGGGGGUCCUGACGCCUCUCCCGGUCCACGGGUGAUCCCCAGGAGCAACACCGGGCACCGGCACCUUCUCCCCCAGCUCCUCGUCCCCAUCCCGUCCCAGGCUGGCGGGGAAGAGAGGUCCCUUUCAGGUUUAGGGUUUAGUUUUUUUUUUCUGUUAACCUUUUCCUAAGGGCAAACUGGUGUGUGUGCGCCGUUCGUAAUGGUCACGUCCCACCCCGCUUGUUUCAAUGACUGGAUUUUAGACGGUUCCUAGCACUAAUAAAGGUUUUCCUAAGCGGA